AUGGAUCUCCAAGGCACUCCCAUUCAGCCCGGCAGCCGCAGCACCAAGGUCACCACCGACCCUCGCCGCUACCAACAACCCCGAGAAGAGCCCUCUGGCCCCAUCACCAACGACUCGCUUGCCGCCGAGUCCAUCCGCCAAGGCGGUGGCUUCUCUAGCAACCGUGGCGCGCAGCCCAUGGGCGCCUCUUCAGACAAUUCCACAGUGAACAACACCGACACCUCCGCCUCAAAGAAGCUCGACCCCACCUCUGUUCGCGGUUACCGCGAGGACCGUCAAAAGGCAGACAAGUUCCCUGAGGAGGUAGUUGGCCAGGGCAACUUCCCUGGCACACACUCGGACACUUCUGGCUACGCCGGCGGCUCGACCGCCGCUAAGCAGCAAAUGGGUCUCAAGGCUGGCGAGUAUUCUUCCGCCGCCAGCGGCAGUGGACACAGCCAGAACAACGCUGGUCAGACUCAGUCCGCAGGUGGUUUCGAGGGUGGUGAUGCGAAGAAUGCUAGCUUCACCGAGGAGCUUGGCUCAAGUGAGGACCCUAGCCGGGAGGCUAUCAACCAGAUGCAGCGCCAUAAUGCUGGUACUGCCCAUAACGCUGGUCGCUAUGAUCAGAAGGGCGUGAGUGCUGAGAGGACUGUCUAUGAUCACUUGGAGAGUGAGCAGCGCGCUUAA